CUGUUCACGAAGACGAAGAUCACUGCUUUGGAGACCCUUCAGCUGAUGUUCAAGACUCUGAUACUGGAUAAUGGAUCCUACGAGAUCAAAGUAGGCAAUUCAAAGACAUCUGUUGAUGAAUUGUCACGAGUGCAGAACUCCAUUUCCAAGACCAAAGACAAGCGGUUACUCAUUGGCAACCAGGUCCACUCUGUGAACGAUAUCUCUGGUAUCGUCUUCAAAAGGCCCAUAGAGAAGGGUCAUCUGACGAGCUGGGAGGCCGAGAAGAUGAUCUGGGACUACUGCUUCACCUGUGAGGAUUUCAAGCUGGAUGUCGAUCCGACAGAGCACGACCUCAUAAUGAGCGAGACCCCAUUCAUGCUACCCCAGCUGUCGCAGAACACUGACCAGAUCGUCUUUGAGGAAUACGGAUUCCAAUCACUGUUCAAGGCACCGAUCGGGUCGUUUGUUCCAUGGAAUUACGAAAAGAACGAGGGGUUGUAUCAGCCAGAGCUGAAGAACGAUAUCAGCACCGUACAAAACUAUGCAGAUUAUCAACUAGUUGUUGAUUCAGGGUUCAACGCCACCUGGGUGAUUCCUAUUAUCAAGGGAAUGGUGUUCUGGCAUGGAGUAAGGAAGUUCGAAAUCGCAGGGAGAUUCCUAUCGGGUGUGUUACGAGAAAAAAUCUCGUUUAGACACUACAACGUUACCGAUGAGACAAUAUUGGUGAACAAUAUCAAGGAGAGCUCCUGUUUUGUUACCAUGGACUACAACAAGAGCUUGAGAGAAAUGAAAACCCAUCCUAAAGAAAAUGUUGUGGAGUACGUCUUGCCCGAUUUCAACACCACUACCCACGGUUACGUUUUGACACCAGAGCUUAAGGCCAAGUAUAAACCUCAAGACCAACAGAUUUUGAAGUUAUACGACGAGAGAUUCAGCGUUCCUGAGACCCUAUUCCAUCCUGAGAUUGUCGAGAUAAUGAACAAGCCAGGAAUCGUGGAAACCAUUGUCGAUUCAAUUAACUCUGUGCCAGAACUGAUUCGUCCAUUGUUGGUUUCAAAUAUCGCUGUCAUUGGGGGUAAUUUCAACUUGAAACACCUGGAAGAAAGGUUGUUAGCGGAGUUGAAGAUUGUCCUACCUGUUGAUUGGGAUGUUAGGAUAUGUAAACCGUCAAACCCUAGCACGUAUGGUUGGGAAUGUGCUCAAAAGUUCAGUGAAAAUGCAAAGUAUAACAGUGUCAAAGUCACAAGGCAAGACUAUGAAGAGCAUGGUCUACAAUGGGUCCAAAAGAGAUUUGGAUUCCAGGUAUAAAUGAGGGAACAUUAGUACAUAACAUCAUAAUCAAAUAGAACAGUAAUAAUUAAAUGCCAAAGGCAUUGGC